CCGAUAACAGGAUUGAAUAUGUUCGCUCGACGCAGCCUGGUUGCUCUAGGGCUCGUGGCCACGGCCACUGCUGCUCCCUGUGACAUCUACGCGGACGGCGACACCCCCUGUGUGGCCGCGCACAGCACCACUCGUGCCCUGUACGACUCCUUCUCUGGUGCUCUUUACCAGAUCAAGCGUGGCUCCGAUAGUGAGACCACCACCAUCUCGCCGCUGACUGCCGGCGGCGUCGCGGAUGCCUCAGCCCAAGACACCUUCUGUGCCAACACCACCUGCCUCAUCACCGAAAUCUAUGACCAGUCCGGCAACGGGAAUCACCUCACCCAGGCUCCCCCGGGUGGCUUUGAUGGCCCUGAUGUCGAUGGCUACGACAACCUGGCCAGCGCCAUUGGCGCCCCCGUCACGUUGAAUGGCCAAAAGGCGUACGGCGUGUUCGUCUCGCCCGGCACGGGCUACCGUAUCGACGACACCACCGGCGUCGCCACGGGUGAUGAGUCGGAGGGCAUGUACGCCGUCCUGGACGGGACUCAUUACAACGGCGAGUGCUGUUUCGACUACGGCAAUGCCGAGACCAGCAACACCGACACCGGUGCCGGCCACAUGGAGGCCAUCUACUAUGGCAACAGCACCAGCUGGGGCUAUGGUGCCGGUGCCGGCCCUUGGAUCAUGGUCGACAUGGAGAACAACCUGUUCUCUGGUGCCGACGAGGGCUACAACUCGGCCGACCCGACGCUCUCCUACCGGUUCGUCACGGCUGCCGUCAAGGGCGGCGCCGACAAGUGGUCCCUCCGCGGUGCCAACGCUGCCUCCGGCUCCCUUACGACCUACUACAGUGGCGCGCGCUACUCGGGCUACAACCCCAUGGAGAAGGAGGGUUCCAUCAUUCUGGGUAUCGGCGGGGACAACAGCAAUGGCGCCCAGGGUACCUUCUAUGAGGGCGUGAUGACCUCGGGCUACCCGUCCGAUGACACCGAAGCCUCGGUGCAGGCCAACAUCGUCGCCGCCGGAUACGCCGUCACGUCGCUGACCAGCGGACCCGAGCUCACCGUGGGAGACACCAUCUCCCUGCGUGUCACCACCCCGGGCUACACCACCCGCUACAUUGCCCACACCGACACGACCGUCAACACCCAGGUCGUUUCUUCCUCCAGCAGCACUGACCUCCAGGAGCAGGCCAGCUGGAAGGUGGUCACCGGCCUGGGCUACAGCGGCUGCUUCUCUUUCGAAUCCGUCGAUACCCCGGGUAGCUACAUCCGUCACUAUAACUUUGCGCUCCUGCUCAAUGCCAACGACGGCACCAAGCAGUUCCACGAGGAUGCUACGUUCUGCCCCCAGGCGGCUCUCAACGGCGAGGGUACGUCGCUGCGUUCGUGGAGCUACCCUACCCGCUACUUCCGUCACUACGAUGAUGUGCUCUAUGCUGCCAGCAACGGAGGCGUUCAGACGUUUGAUGCGACUGCUUCGUUCAACAAUGACGUGAGCUUUGAGAUUUACACUGGAUUUGCUUGAGUGCUGUGAUG